UCAAUUUUUUGUUUUCGAUGAGUGAAUGUUAAAUGUUUUUCUUGUUUUAAUUGUUUGUUUAUAUUUUAUACUUUCUAUUUUUAAUUAAUUUCAUCCAUCUUCAUGGAGAAUAAUCAUUUCAAACCGACUCUUCAACAUGAGUUUACUUCUAUUAGAAUUAGUCAGUUACCCGAUUUCGGUCUUUUAAAAAAACAAUGUAUCGCUUUUGGGGAAUCUAUUCCCCAACCUGUUGAUGGAAUUAAUCAAAUUGCUGGUUAUGAAUCAUCGUAUUUACAUAAAAUCCAGCAGCUCAAAUUGGAUAUUCCGACUCCCGUUCAAUCCCAUUUAUGGCCAAUUCUAUUUCGAGGUCGAUCGGCGACUUGUAUCUCAGCCCCAAAAUCGGGUAAAACUCUGUCUUACCUCAUCCCCGCUCUAAGUGAUUCCCAAUUUAAAGACAAUGAUCCCAAUCAAUUGAUCUACGGAGACGAAGGACCGAAAGUGGUUGUUGUUUGUUCAGGACUCAACAAAGUCUACGAGAUCAGGGAACAAAUCUAUUCCAUUCUCAACUCUAGAAAUAGUAAUCGAAUCAUUCUAUUGACCAAAGACAAUGAAAAGUCAGUGUCGACAAAUAUUCUUAAUGGUUGUGAUCUUUUAAUUUCUACUCCAGGACCUCUACAGAGAUUCAUAGACAAUGGUUGUGUUCGAUUUGAUAUCUGUUCACUUCUUGUGUUCGAUGAUGCCGAUAAAUCAUUCACCAUCCAACCCGAAUUGGUACAAUCCAUUGUCUUGGCUUAUCUUAAAUCUUACAAGAAACGUCUAAACAUUGCCGAUGAUUUAAAUAGCCUUUUGACUGCACCAAUGUUAAUUCUCGCUGAUUGUUGGACUAAAGAAGUGAAAAAUUUCGCUACUCAAUAUAUGAAAAAUUCUAUUCAAAUUUUCGGUGAUCUUUUCGAGGCUGCAAUUGCUCAUGAUCUUAAUUAUCAUGUUAAAUUUAUUCCUCAAGAAUCAGAGAGAAUCAAAUCUUGUGCUGAUCUGAUUCAUUCACUCUUAUGUCGAGGUAAACUCAAUAGAAUUGCAAUUGUUUGUUCCAGUGAUGAGGAAAGUAAACAAGUCUUUAAAACGAUGGUGGAUUUGGACGUAGUUCCGGUGAUUAUUGAUUCAAGUAAAUUCAAUUAUGAGAUACCGAAACUGAUAGAAAUGAGCAAAUCACAUCCAAGAGCAAUAACGAUCAUCACUGAUGAUAAAAUCAAAGAGUUCCCACAAUUGAAUCACAUCGAUACUUUGGUUCACUUUUCCAUGCCAGAUCAUACCGAUAUAUUUAGAAGUCGAUUCAUGUUAAUGUCCAUGUUGAUUAGGCAAAAGGAUGAAUCAAUCAACACCCAUUUUCUUUUAUCGUCAAUCAACGGGAAUCACGCUCACUUUUUAUGCCAAUCUCUUCGUCGAGUCUCACCGAUUCCCCUUCAAUUGGACAAACUUAAAAACGUCUCUCAAAGGCCAUUAUGUGAUUACUUUUUGGCUUAUUCUUAUUGUCCAUUUAAAUCAACAUUUUGUCUCAAUCGACAUCAAUUCAAAUUAUCUGAUCCAGUCAACAAAUUUCUUCCUGUCGAUGGUCAAAUUAGAUUUGAAAUCACUCACAUAAUUAACGCCAAUCAAUUUUAUCUCCGACUAAUUGAGUAUCGAGAUAGUAAAAGUCAACAAGGAGAAUGGAUCAAAUAUAAUUACCAAUACAAUGUAAUUAAAGAUCAACUUCAAGCUUUAAAAGAUCAAGAUUCACCAAUCGAAGAUUCUGUUCCUAUUAUUGGUAAAAUCUAUGGAUUGAUUGUCAUGGGGAUUGUUCAUCGAGUUAAAGUGAUUGAAAAUCUUGGACAAUUGACCAAUAAAGAGACAAAUAUGACGAUCGAUGAUCAAACGCCCUUUCAAUUGGAAGUGAACUUUAUUGACUUUGGUUACCACUCGAAAGCUUUAUCCAAUCAGCUAAUCUGUUUACCUAAACACUUACGAGAUUAUCAACCAUUGGCUAUUCGAAGCUUCAUUUUGGGAAUAAAACCAAUUGACAAUGAAAUUGAAUGGACACACAAACCAGCAGAAUCUUUGACUAAUUUUCUCCGUGAACAUCGUAAUUUAGUCGCAACAAGUUGGGUCAAAAUGCAGAGAAAAAGUAUUUUCUGGUUGGACAAUAUGAAGAUUAUUCAAAAUUUGAAACAUUUAAAACGAAAUGUGGUCAGUUGGAGUCCCGAAUGUGAUCUUAUUGAUAGUUGCCUCGCUGCUAAGAAUGACCAAUAUUUCCCAAAAGUAAACACGAAUCACCAUUCAUUAUACUUGAAGUGGUCUAACCAUCGCCUUUGGCAAUCAGCAUCUCGAGCUUUUCUUAGCGACCAAUUUCAACUCACAUACUUGAGUCACUUUGUCGAUUUCAAUACUUUCUAUGUCGUCAAACAAAGCGAUUUCAAAUGCUUAGAAAAUUUAGAAAAAGAUUUAUCUAAAUUACAAUUAACGCCGAUGAAAGCAUUUAUCGAGAAUUGUCUUGGUAUUGGAAUUGUUGAGAACUCAGGAUCAAAAUCAUUUUCUAGAAUUAAAGUGAUCCAACAUUUGCCUGAAGAGAAAUUGGUUGAGGUCUUUUUCCUCGAUUGGGGAGAAACAUAUAAAAUCCCUGAGAAAUUUUGUUUUACAAUCGACGAAAAGUUCAUCAAGCGAUUACCAUUCCAAGCAAUCAAAUGUUCGUUGGUUGGUGUUGAAGGAAAUGUCGACCCAAAUACUAUUUAUGAUUUAACUCGAACUUCUGACGAGUUAUUCAAACACAUUCUUCUCGAAAAGAUCGAUGGAACUAAAGAAACGAGCUAUUCAGUUCGUGUUUAUUACGAAACUCACGAAGAAAAUGACCAAACAUAUUUCAUGAGAUUAUCGAAAUGGUUGGUUGAUAAUGGACAUGGAGUUUAUACCGAUCAAGAUGAAGAUAAAAAGGAGAUUCACAUAGGGAUGCCAAAUGGAAAGACAGAUAUUGACGAUAGUGAGGAUUCUGAAGAUGAAGUGACCAGAGGAGAGCGACUUUGUGCUCAGAAUCUACUCGAUUCUGUUAGUGACGGAAUGAGACAAUUUCUUAUAGAAAACAUCAAACCUGAUCCAGUCCAAUUCGAUCCAAAUAAGAUUAGUAAAAGAGCGAAAAUGCUGCUGACACUUAAAAGACUAAAAGAAGAAGAAGAAAAGAGAAGAAAAGAAGAGAUCCGAAUAAACGAAAAUGAAGAUUCGGACAACGAUUGGCAAUCGACUGGACGAGACGAACCACCAAAUGGUCGAACUGAUUAUUCGAAUGUUCUACCUUAUGAUCCAACAUCUUCAGAAGGAUCAGAAUUAGAAUCUGAUCUCGAAGAUUUUGGACAUGAUGCAAUUUAGAUUCUCUUUAAACAAUUAAUUUACUUCUCUAAUUAUCAAUUUAAUCAAUAGAAUAGAAUAGAAAUUAAAUAUUAACUAAUUGUGUCUCUGUGUUCACUUUUAUCCAAUCAACUUAUUGUCAAUCAUUUGAUUAUCUACUUAUUAAAUGUAACUAUUAUAAUUAUUGUUAUCUAAAGGUCAAUGACCUUAAAUUCAUGAUUAUUGUCAUACGAAUGAUAAUUAAUUAUAAUUAAUAGUAAUAAUUAAACUUUGUAACAAUAUUAAUGUCAUUCAA